AUGAAUUACAAUUCCAAUUUUCCAAAACCAAGAAAUGUCAGAAGAAUAUCACCAACUGAAAUGCAUAUUCAAAGGGAGAAAGGGCUAUGCUAUACAUGUGAUGAGAAGUUCACUUAUUCUCAUAGGUGUCUUAAUCGGCAAUACCUAUUGUUGCAAAUGGAUGAGGAUGAAAAUGUUGAAGUGCAACCGGACCCACCUCCUAGAAUUGAGGAAGCCAUGGGAAAUUUGAAUUUAGACCAUCACCUAUCUUAUAAUGCCCUUAAAGGUUCCUCGAGCCUAGGAACUAUGAAGUUUAGUGGUACAAUUAAUGGCAUGGUGGUUCAGAUAUUACUUGAUAGUGGUAGUUCAGACAACUUUUUGCAACCUAGGAUUGCUAAUUGUCUGAAGCUUCCAAUUGAACAUGCUUCCAAUUUCCAAGUCCUUGUGGGAAAUGGAAACUCAUUAGUUGUUGAAGGUUUGGUGAAGCAACUAGAAGUCAUGGUUCAAGGUCAUUCUCUCAAAUUACCUGUCCAGCUUACCUUGAAGUUCUACAAGGACAAUCAGUUUGUCACAUUACGUGGUGAUCACCCUAAAUUAUCGGGCCUUGUUCAAUUUAACCAGCUGAGGAGAAUGCAUCAUACACAUGCUAUAGCUGAAGUUUUUACCUUGCAGUAUAAGCAACAAGAUGUGCCUCAGGAUAAAUGGCUUGAAUUACCUAAAGAUAUGGAACCCGAUUUGGUGAUGUUGUUGCAUAAUUAUAGAAGUAUCUUUGUUGUGCCUACUGAAUUACCUCCUUUAAGAACUCAGAAACAUGCCAUUCCAUUGAAGCACCAAUUAUAUGCCAAACUAUCCAAAUGUUCAUUUGGGUUGCCAAAAGUGGAUUACCUGGGACAUACUGUUUCAGGCCAAGGUGUGUCAAUGGAUAAAGACAAAGUACAGGCAGUUUUGGAUUGGCCAACACCUAUUAACAUUAAACAAUUAAGAGGCUUUCUCGGGCUCACUAGAUAUUACAGAAAAUUUAUCAAAUCUUAUGUGGUAAUUACAACACCUUUGACUAAUUUGCUUAUGAAAGAUAAAUUCCUGUGGGGAGUAGAUGCAGAUGAAGCUUUCAAAAAGCUCAAAAAUGUUAUCACACAAGCACCAGUUUUAGCCUUACCAAACUUUUCAAUGCCUUUUACCUUGGAAACAAAUGCAUAUGGAAUAGGUGUAGGUGCUGUACUAAGUCAAAUGCAACACCUCAUUGCUUACUUUUCAAAAAAGUUGAAUGUUAGAAUGCAAAAACAAUCAACUUAUGCAAGGGAAUUCUUUUCUAUUACUAAAGCAAUAGCAAAAUUCAGGCAUUAUCUGCUUGGUCACAAAUUUGUCAUCAAGACGGAUCAAAAGAGCCUUAAGUCACUCACUGAUCAAGUUGUUCACACACCUGAGCAGCAAAAUUGA